AUGAGAGCCAACAAGUGGCUUAUUGACUUGGAUAGGACCUUCGAUAUUAGUGUGUGUACGAAAAAUCAAAAAGUCCAGUAUGUCGGACACGUACUUCAAGGAGAAGCUGGUAUAUGGUGGGAUACGAAGAGACAAUUGUUGGCGCUUGAAUUGGGGGAUGUAGCUACUCUCACUUGGGAGCAAUUUAAGAAGGAAUUCGAUAGUAGUUUCUUUCUAGAGACGAUCAAGCAGCAGAAGGCGUUGGAAUUUGUGAAUUUGACGCAAGGCAAUAUGAUGGUAGAACAGUACGCAGCUCGAUUUAUGGAAUUGGGAAGAUUUGCCCUUCAUCUGAUUGGUACAGAGAAGAUGCAGGCCAGAAAGUUCCAAGACGGGUUACAACCAAGGAUUCAGAAUCAAGUCGCAUGCUUGAGAAUUGAGAAUUUCCAAGUGCUAGUUAAUGUUGCUUCGAUAGCGGAGGCAGAGCAACAGAGUCUAGUUUCUCAAGUUGACAAGGAUCAGAAAAGAGGAAUGCCUUACUCUCCGGGAAGGAACAUGGGAAAGAAAAGGGUUCCCUAUACCUUGGAUAAGGGAAAAAGGGAAAGUAGUCGGGAAUGUAGUACUCGUUACUCCACCACCAUGCCAAAGAUGCGGAUGAAGGCAUAA